UUUCCAUGGUAUUUUGUUUACAAAUGUCUGCCUCCAUGUAUUAGUUCACAGAUUAAUAACCCUUGCAAUACAAAAAGAGUACCUUUCACAGACAUGCCUGCAGAAAAUCAAAUUGUUGAAGACAAGAAGGACAAGAAAAAGGAAGAGACAACUCCUACUGUGUUGAAAGGAGUCUAUGUUUUCCCAAAUGGAGAUAAAUAUGAAGGAGACUAUUUACAUGGAUCAGAUGGGUCAAUGGACAGGUCUGGUAUGGGAAUUCAUGUUACUACAGAUGGUACAAUGUAUGAAGGAGAAUGGAACCAGGAUAAAAUGAACGGACAGGGAACACUGAAACAUCCUUCUGGUGCAAAGUAUGCGGGACAAUUUGUAAACAACCAGUUCCAUGGUUUGGGGACCUAUACCUGGCCUAACAAUUCAGCAUACACUGGACAGUUUGUUGAAAACAGACUUGAAGGAGGCGGAGAGUUUACAGAUACUGACGGACAGGUGUGGGAGGGGACAUUUAGAUAUAGAGCUGCUCCAGGACUCAGAUUUAAACUCAAUCUAGACUAAGAUAAAAACAAUAACAUCCAACUUGGAUCUACAAGAAGCAUUUGGAACAAAGACUGCCUUUAUGUCAUGGAAGAAUUAACAUUGUGUAAAUAUUGUAAAUAAAUCAUACAGAUCAUUAA